CGAAUAGCUCUGUGCACACAGCGUCCAGCGCUCUGAUUGGUCCUGGGAGCUCCAGAGCGACGCGACGCUUUGGGAAACAGUGGCGCAGAGAGAGACUAGCUGUAGCGUAGUCUAGGUACCAGCACCGGAGGAGACCGGAUAGAAAGUGAUGUGAUCUGAUACGGGUAGCUACGUGAGGACUCGCGCUUAAAAAGUGGGCAUCACUUCUCUGUCCUAUAUCAGUGUCGUCGUUUUAAGCGGUGGCGUAGAAGCACGAUUGUCAAACGCGGUUUGCAGGGAUCCCCUCUCCAGUUGACCUCUUGACCUCUCGUCACUCAUGAUGUCCGUCCACACCCCCCCGCUCUCCCGCAGUGGCUCCUCCCCUUCUUCUGUCGGCUUGGCCAAUCGCAGCGGUCCCCCUGCCGCCCCUCCCACCUCCCUCAGCCUGCGCUCCUCCUACAACCAACUCCUGGGCCAUGAUAUCAUAAAGGAGUCCCCUACCGCCAUGGAAACGGGGAGUUCCGCCACUUUACCCAAGAGUCGCCAUAGAUACGCCAUGACCAGUGUGCAUAGCGCCAUGGGACUGAGCGGCAGACGCCUCCCCACCAAGUCCUCUUCAUCCUCUGCCCUCUACUCCUCCUCCUCUUCCUCAUUCUUCUCCACCAACCCCAAGCUGGCAAAGGAUGGUGCCAACCUGCAGCGGAAGGCCGAGACACAGCAACAGGAGCAGAGUAAAACCAACACAGAGGUCAAAGAGCAGGAUGACAUCAUCACCCCCAUACGCAGCUCUGAUUGGAUGGAGAGCGAGAACUCACAGGACCCGCUCCCAUUUUGUCGGAGGACAAAGAGCUUUCUGGAGUUCCAUGAAAAGGAAGAGGACCCACCCAGUGGAGGAAACAAAGAGGAAGACUCUCCUAGUGGAGGCAAUAAGGAAGAAGAUCUUCUCAGCAAGGAAGAGGAGGAAGGGGAUGAGAAGCACCCCUGCCCUGAGAAAGACCAGGUCAGCCUGGAUAAAGAGAGAGAGAGACCGGAGGAGGAGAAACAGACCCCAAAACAGGAGGAAUACAAAGAGGAAGAGGGUGCCACUCCAACUGCUGCACAGCCUCUACUGCUGCACAGGGUCCACUCUCCCGCCAUCUCUCCCCUAAACCAUCUCAGCUGGGCCCAAGAGAACAAGAUCCAGAGUUGCCCCACACUUCAGGGCAGAGAGGAGGCCCUAACCCAGGCCCAGGGUCACCCACACAGCGUUGAGACGCCCCCCAAACCCCCCCGAAGUGCACAGGCUCCCCCGCCCAGAGUGAUCAAGGUGGAGCUGCACCCCAACAAUGAGAACCCGUACCUCCACCGCCCCCCCUCUGCACCCCAUAAGCAGCCCAGGGGGGAGGAGAGCACCCCUCUUCUGCUCCAGACCCCCCCAUCAUCGUUCAGCCCGGACCCAGAGAGAGGAGCUUCUAAGCUGGGUAGUCUAGGUACGAAAGUGGAGUCUCCCCUGGAGGAUGAGGACUCCAGCUGGACCACCCUGUCCCAAGAGAGCCCCUCCCCUCAGACCCCACAAGAAAUAGCAGAUGUGUGGGUGAGGGGGACCUUCCCCCAGGCUGGCGUGAGGUCACAGACCUAUCGGAGGUCUACUUCUGCAUGUCCCUACUGGCACACCAGUACGACCGCCCUGUCUCCACCACCACGAACACACACACCUCCACCCACUCCCUGACUCACAGCAGGGAGAGCACAGUCACCCUGAGACCGCUCAGCGAGCGUCCCAGCAGUUUGGUAUCAGACAGUUCAGUGGAACUGUGCCUCAUCCCUCCGGCUCCUCCUCCUCCUCCCUCUGAUGUCAUUCUGCCUGUCCGAGGCUUUGACAGCACCCACCUGCACUGAGCUGAAGGACUACCCAGUCUAUCUGACCCCAGCCUGAAAGCUUUUGAAGGAGCUACUCUCCGUUACGCCUCACUGAGACUGCAGUAAAACACACAUCACAAAAAAUACACACACACAUAUACACACCCAAACACACACCA